GAUUUUAUGCUGAUAAAUAAUCAUUAAAACUCAGUUGGGAAACUAAAAUAAAAUCAAUCAACGAUUCAAGUACAAUAGCCGAUUCAGGUAGAAGCCUGUGAGCGAUUCAUGUCAAUUAAGAUUACCAGUUGUUAAUUCAUCUCAUUAACACAGUUGAAUCGAAAUAUUAUUAAGUUUGUUAGUGUGCGUUUCAUAUUUAUCGUUUUAGCAAAUUAACAAAAUCAACGAUUAAACGCCAAACAAACGAUUAAUUUAUUAGAAGAUUAUAACUAUUUUCUUUUCGUCAACAGAAUAAAAACAGACACAAAGAUUUAUAAAUAUGUACAACAUUUAUUGUACUCAGAAAAAUGCGAUUGUCCAAAAGUUUUGGUUACUUAACUGGGGAUAAACAAAAUGGAAGAUAAAGAUACGCAGUUGAAUACUUUCGAUGCGUCUGACACAGUAUCCCCAUCGUUGCUUUACUCAUUAGUUAUGGCGGUAUUUUCGGCAUUUUGUUUAAUGGCAGUCGGUAUCUUUUUUAUAUCAAAUCGUAGAUGUUGCAAAAAAAAUAAAAAAGAUGAUCCAGAAUCUGUUUUACUAAAACAGAGACUAGCCGUUGAACAAAAAAAGAUGGCAAAGUAUAAGUUUGCAAUGCCAUCAGCAGAUCAUCCCCAAUUUAAUCCCAUAUUUCAGCAAGAAAAUAACGAGAUUGCUAAAGAAGUUAAAGAUUCCUACAAAUUAUUCGGAAACGCUUCAACAACGUUUUGUACAGAUAAAAAUAAAACAAUUAUGAUACAGAAUCUGAAUUUUAGUUCGAAUGAUCCAAACAAUAUUCCCAACAACAAGGUUCCUUAUCUAAACAAUAUUCCUAAAACCAAAGUUCCUAAUAACGAAAAUUGUUCCAAAGAAAACCUCACCGAAGAUGUUUCUAUUCACGAUAAUUUUAUGAAUAAUGAUAAUACAAAAAACAUAACCACUGGUUCAAACCAACAUUGUCAGCAAAAAAAAUUAAACAGACCGAAGGAAAACGACGUAAACGACCUAAAAAACACAUCCUCUCGACUUAAAGAACUGUUUCUUAAUCGUUGGAUAGAGCGAAGUGAAAGAAAUGAUGCUAGCAAACAAUCACCGAUGCAUUCCUCCAAUAAUUUGUCAUACGGUGAGGUAGAUUCAAUUUUAACAUCUGUUUCAAGAAUGGAUCCACAACGUGUCCAAAGAUUAAAAGAGUCUCAAUUUUAUAGAAAAAUUUUGGUUCCAACUGACGAAUAUUGUGAAGGUGACUUAUCAGAGGACAGCAUCGAAACAACCGCUAUCGAUGAAAUAAUUGCUGAGAAGUUGAACAAAGACCAUGAUCAUUUUAACUUAACUCAUGAUGAAAUAAUGCAAUAUAUUACUAAUAAAAGUAAAAAAGAACCACAUAAAGAUGACACCUUAAAAUGUGAUAAAAAUCAAGGAUGUUUUAUGACUAAUAAUUCGAUCGAAAAAAAAAGCGUUGACACUGAAAAUGACCGCGAAACAAUAAAGACCAAAAUUCCAGUAAAAAAAACUAAUAAAGAAUCAAGUUUAAUAGCGAAAAAAAAGAUAGACGACAAACGGCAAUCUAGACAUUCAAACAAUACUUUAUAUUUGCAAAAUAUACAGAGAUCAAAAACAGGUCUCGAGUCAAAAGCAAAACUUCAUGCGCUGAGAUAUUCUGAAAAACAUUGCGAAAGCUUGUUCAGAGUGAUAAAACCUACAGCAAACGGCGUGUUAAAUGAGUCAAACUUAACACAAAGUGAAAAUGAAACUGCUCUUGAAAAAACUGACAGCAACUUAUCAAAAUCAAGUAACAACCUAUCCGAACUAAGCAAAAACAAAAACAGCGAAAUAACGUUAGAUACUACUUAUUAUUCAAGGCCUAGCACUUUAAAAUUAAAAAGCAGAAAUACUGAUUUGGAGAUUACACUUGACUCCAUGAACAACAAUGAAACAAAAUCUUUAAAAACGUAUAAAUCUAGCAAUGACAAUUCUUGCAGUAGUUCUUCAUCUUCAUCUACUACAUCAUGGAAAGAGCUCUCAGAAAAACAAAAAGCAAAAAAAUCAUGCAAUUGUAGCGAAAUAUCUGAUAACACGCAAAUCACUCAUGAAAGUUUAACAAAAGCAUCAUGGCUUAAAAGCUGCAAUAAAGAAACUUCUCGCAUAGAACUAAACGAAAGCACUUUAAGCGAACUGAAAAUAAAUACAACUUUGAGUUCUGUGAAUUCUUAUUCAACUAGCACGAAUAAAUUUUCUCGUCCAAAAAUUAUAAAAACCAAAAGGCCAAAGCCCCCGAGAAGCUCAAAGCUUUCAAAAUAGUUUUUUUUAUACAAUAGGUUUUAUAAUGUAUAUUUUUAUAAUUUUUUUUACAUUUUAUAGAUUUUUUACAUUUUAUAGAAAAAUAUUUUAGGGUAUUCCAAUUAGAUUAUGAAA